AUAUGAGUGAACUGACAUCCAAUCAAUCACCAAAGCUCACCGCCAUUUUUGCUUUCUUUCUCUUUACUUUUCUCACUUAAAUUUCUCCGGUCACCUUUCUCCUCCUCUUCCGAUCAUCCACUCCAACAUUUUCCCUACCCAGAGGUGUAGUGAAAUGGAUUUAUUUUCUAGGUUAGGUAAAAUUUCGGAGUCUAGAGAUGGAAGCUCGAAGAAAAAGAAAUCGUAAGCAAAAGAAGCAGAAGCGGAAACAACAUAUUAGUGAGAGUAAUAGCGAGCUAAUUAGUGUGAAUUGGGCAGAACUCCCUAGAACUGUACUUGAGAUUAUUUUCGAGAAACUUUCAGUUGUUGAUUGCAUUUCGGUUAGUAAUGUGUGCAAGCCAUGGAGAUAUGUUUUUGCAUCGGAUGUUUCUUCUUGGAAAAGGAUUGGCAUUCCAUCCUUAAUAAUGUGUGGUCAACAUAGAAGAGAGAACAGAACUUGUUUAAGUAUGUUGGAGAAACGAGCUUGGGAGAUGGAGCUACCCGAGGCACAUAAGAAAUAUUGUUGGGGUUCCUUUCAUGAUUGGUUGAUCCUAGUGGAUAAUUCUAUUUAUCUCUCGGUUGAAAUCAGUUUGUUGAAUCCGUUCACUAGAAGCACAGUAAAACUACCUAGAACAUGGGACGAUUACCAUAAGAUAGUCCUCUCAGGGCUUCCUUUUCAGAAAAACUUUGUUUGCAUGCUUUUGCACAAUGAAAGACGAGAAAUUGCUGUUUGGGUUUCGGGAGCUCAAUCGUGGAAACAAUUUAAACUUGUUGGUGAACCAUUUGAGGAUGGUAUUUUCUACAAUGGAAGUUUCUAUCUGUUGAGCAAGGAUGAUGAAGUUUGUCAAAUUGACACAGCUAGCAUUUUUGCUGCCAUUAGCGAAGAUAGUGCUUCGGUGGAUGCUUCAGCUGAGGCUUCGGUGGAUGCUUCAGCUGAGGCUUCGGCUGAUGCUUCGGCUGCUUCUGUAUCUGAAAUCAAAAUUAAGUCCCAUAAAGUAAGUAGGAUGUCAGGAAACCCUACAAAUGAUAAUAUGUUGAGGUAUCUUGUGGAGUCAUGUGGAGAGCUUUUGCUUGUCUGUAGGUUUUUCAGUACAAAUCUCGGUGCUAUACUUGAAACACGAAAAUUCGAAGUCUAUAUUUUGGAUGUUGGGGAGAUGUCCUGGAAAAAAGUUGAACACUUGAGGGAUCGAGUAUUGUUUCUAGGUAAAUGUUGCUCAAGAUCCUUGUCUGUAAAAGAACUCGGGGUCCCAAUGACCAAUCGUAUUUACUUCUCGAAUGACAAUGUUGCUCCUUGGUGGAAUGAAUGGGAUUCUGGUUAUCUUCAAGGAAUGUCAUCUCGUAUGCGUCUUGAUAAUUCUGGCAGGAAACAUUGGGGCAUCUUCUGGCUUGGAAACAAAGACAACCACCACUUUUGCUUCCGGGGCGAUCGUGACAAUUGGGGACCCAUCUGGCUCACUACACCUCUAUGGUGGUAUUGUAACAAUUUCCUUGCUUACUGAUUAGUUAAUUAUGACUCAUGUUGAUGAUCUUGGCAGGUUAGGGGCUUCUUGUAGUAACAAAAAUGUGAAUGCUUUAUUAGCAAAAACUCAAAUGGAGAAAGCUUGUUUCGGGUAAGGAGCUAUGAAAACUAUGAUGAGUGAAGUUUUUUGUACAUAGUUGGUGUAUUUUGGUUCUUCAUUAGCUUCUGCCUUGUUUUUACUUGUAUAGGCUUUGAUCCAAAACCUUUUGUUUAUUGCCUUGAAAUACUUUCAACUAAGUAUAUUUCAUGUUAUGUCACUCAUGAACAUUAUCAAUCCACUUUUUCUUCAUUA